CGCAAACACAGAUUCGAAGUAAACGUUCGAUCAACGUUGCAAAGCAACUGCAUGAAUACACGAUUGUUCGUAAGCGAAUGUAAAAAAAAAAAAUACGUGUAUAACCGUUAGCGUACGUUAAACUGUUUCUCUAUUCACGACAAUUCAACUCACGUGCAGCGUACAGUGAAUGACUUAGUAGACAAGUUGUGUGCAACCCACGCAUGAAAGACUCCUCAGACUUUCACCCAUCUUACUUGGACGACCCACCUGGAUUUCUUUGCUUGCACAUCAUUUCUAAAACGCCUCUUCUAUUAUUAUAAAUGAAAGAAACACUUGUAAUUUUCCUAAGCGUUCUCUUCGCGAGGACGCUCGGUCUGCCAGGAGGAGCACCACCGAACUCAUGCCAGGAUCUAACACCUCGUCAUCCUGGGACCUCGAAGCAGAACGCUCACCCAGCUCCUUAUCAAGUUUUACCAGCUGCGGGACAGGGUAGAGUCCGUUUGAUUUUAGGAAGUCCUCAUGGUCUCGCCUACGAGGGUUUCAUGAUAGUCGCACGUGACGCGGAUACUGGUGAAUUUGUUGGCGAGUUUGCAAACUUGCCCGACUCGGCGAGGACCAUCGAGUGCACGCAGGGUGUAAAAAACGCUGUGACUCACACGAAUACCAGUAAGAAGCAUAACCUCGAGUUUGAUUGGGAAGCACCUGUGGAUUAUGAGGGUACCAUAGUUUUCAAGUCCACGUUCGCACAGGAUUACAGCACGUACUGGGUCGGUGUCGAAUCGCCAAGAGUUAACGUUCGCAAGCGAUCCAUCGACGUGUUGACCUCGUCUACGCCGAUCACCACGUUACGAACAAGCACACCGCCCUAUUACAGCCCGACCGUCGAUUACGAGCCGUUUGAUGCGGAGGAUCCUUUGUACACCGGAUGUGGCACAACGAAGAAUUGUUUUGGCACACCGGAGAAAUGUGUGGACACGAAAAAUUGUGUCGCAGUGGUCGCAAUUCUCGUUCGUGGCGAACGAUAUCUCUUCGAGCUUCAAGCACGCGGCAGUAAAUAUGUCGCUGUUGGUUUAUCGGAUGACAGUAAAAUGGGUGACGACAGCGUGGUAGAAUGUACGAACGAAGAAGGAGAAAUUGGAUUGCAUAUGUCUUGGAACUCUGGAAAGACUAAUAUACGGCAACCCAUGCAAGAAGGUGCUGUUCAAAUGGAGUCCAGUUCUAUCAAGGAUGACGUGAUUUCCUGUAAAUUCUGGCGAGAGAAGACUACGGUUGUUCAGGGUCGCGAAUUCGACCUGGUCAAUAAACCGUACAAUCUUCUUUUAGCUGCGGGCAAAGCUUUAAGGAAUAAUGGCGUUGGUUUCCAUGAUGUAGUUUACGCCGCGACUGGUGGUGCAAAAUUAUUAGCCGACGUUGGAGCUUUCACAACAGCCAGCAACAUCCUAAUUCGUGUACACGGCGCCUUGAUGCUGGCGUCGUGGAUCGGUACAGCGUCCAUCGGUAUCCUUCUCGCUAGAUACUACAGGCAAACAUGGGUUGGCUCACAAUUAUGUGGAAAGGAUCAAUGGUUCGCUUGGCACAGAUUCUUUAUGAUACUAACGUGGUCGAUGACGAUCGCUGCGUUCGUGAUAAUAUUCGUCGAAUUGGGUGAAUGGAGCUCCGAGGUAAUACACGCGUCCCUUGGAUUAGCCACGACGAUCUUAGCUUUUGUUCAACCGUUUAUGGCAGCCUUGAGACCUCAUCCUGGAGCACCGCGAAGACCUCUUUUCAAUUGGGCACACUGGUUCGUUGGAAAUGCAGCGCAGAUUUGCGGCAUAAUCGCAAUUUUCUUCGCGGUCCGGUUGAAUAAGGCCAAACUCCCGGAAUGGGUCGACUGGAUUCUGGUCGCCUACGUUGUAUUCCAUAUCCUCACUCAUCUUGUACUCACGUUUGUCGGUUGUGCAUCUGAUAGACAAGCUAGUCAGAGGGUGAAUUCAUUUCCAAUGAAAGACAUGCAUUCACGAGGUUCAAUGGUCCAUCCGGAUGCAAGACAGGAUGCGCCCCACGCUGGAAUCAGGAAAUCCAUCUUCGGCAUCUAUUUCGUGGUGAUUGUCUUAUUCACUGCGGCUCUCAUUGUUAUCACUGUAUUGGCACCGAUAGAGGACACGUGGGUCACUUUUACGAAUACCAUAAAAAGUUAUUAAGCUCUUCAAAAUCUAUGGGAUUUUUCAAUCGUUCAACACCUCUGUCAUACGACGAAUUAUUAUCGUCGCGAUAAAGUUUGGAACUGUUUCGUACUCGGUACGGUAGGUAUAUUCUCAAGUGACUGUUUAUAUGUAAAUGAGUCUUCAAUCGACACAAGUGAUGGUUUACAGGAAACCAUGGUUAAAACGUGAAUUGUACGACAAUAUCGUUUGACGUAUCAAAGUUUGGAUAACAGUUUGGAACUGACGAUAAUAGAAAUUGAAACGAACGGUAUUAUCGUAUAAUAAACGGCAACAAACAUAAGACAUUGGUUUGAUCAUUUUCUUCCUUUGCAGCUGGUUGCUUUAUAUUGGAUUGGUCCAUCGUUUCUAAUGUGAAAACUUAAGAUUUUUUUACAAUAUAGCUAACCUGAGUACAAUAGAUAAUGUGAGAAAUAGUUCAUAGUAAAACGGUUCAAUUUAUAGACCAACCUAACGUGUACUCAUAUUUUUAAAGUUCUUGCUGUUGUUAGACUGACUUUAAUCGUUUUUAAUUCGAAUAGACGAAUUACAAAUGUACAAACACCCGUCCAGAACAGGAUUACGACUUAACCACGAGAUAUAUAUUAUACAUUUACAAACAUAAGGAAGGCAUUAAUUUGUUCGAUAGUGCUUGUUGUUAGAAUCCUUUCAUUUUUCUAAGGUGCUCUUACAUUUAAAUCCACAUUUCUUUCCAAUAAGAUAUACGUUGAAUUUCUAUUUAUGAUAUAACGUUUACAGUAUUAGCUUUUAUAACGUAUUUUUGAUUUUUACGAUUGUUUUAAGAUUUAUUUUGUAUUACCAAUAGGUGUUUCUUCUAUAUAUGAAUGCGAACAGGAGUUUGCACAAGUAUUAAGAACUGCGCUUAAUUAAUCGGUAUAAUUAUGUUUUUUCCAUAUGUUAUUGUUAAUGAAUAAAACAGAAUCGCACAUUUGCGCAGAGGAGAUAAUAUAAUUCAGUGAGACUAUUUUUUUAAUUUAAAUUUGCGCAUAAACGGAAUAUGAAUUAUAAUACUGUAUGUAUUUGGAUAUAUACAAAAAUAUCACUCUGACAAUUUUUCUCA